AUGGCCUCCGAGGUUCCACCUCUGCGCAUUCAGAAGGGCAGCGGCAAUGGCACAAGCACUUCGCCAUCUAAGCUGCCCCGAGUGACCAACCGUCCCCUAUCUGAGCUCAGUCCCAUGGCCAUUCGAAGAAACUCUCCAAGUUUUCCGCAGGGAAAGGGCAAAGUCUUUGGCAACGAGAACUCCCCAGUCACGUCAUCCCCUUUUUCUACAGCUUCGCCACGUCUGUUCUGGCAGGGUCGAGAUCCGAAUUCGCCGGCUAGAGACGCCACCGAAAGCCCGCCAGUUCCUUCACCGCAGAAGCGAUCAUCAAUUGAAAACCUCAAGAGAGCUUCAAGAGUCAAGAACAGCAGCAUGUUCGAGAUCGAGCAGAGGCACCAUUAUGAUCCUUCACGUCCCUCAAUCCUCGAUGGCCGCCCACAAAGCAUGCAAUUCCUCAGACAAUCAUCACCUGUGCGCGUUUCCGAUUCAGGGCGUAAGGAGAACCUUGCGCCGACUAGCACGACCUCACCAGCCAGACCGACAGUGGAAGAGCCUAAAGAGGAUGCAAAGUCCAUCAUUGAUACUGUCACGCCUCUGUCGCCGAGCAGGAUGAACACUUCUCCCACCAAGUCCUCGCUCUCGAACAAGACAGGUUCAGCGUUUCGGCGCAAUGGGUUUGACCCAAAUACAGGCGUCUGGGAGGACGAUGAGGAGCUCCACGAGAAACAGCUGCCGCUUGGUCGCGGCCUCCACCGCCAUCACAAGAGCGUCACUUUCGACCAAGCCCCUCCACAAAUAAAUGAGUAUGAGAUGGCCACGCCUGCCCCAUCUUCCAUCGCGUCUGGUUCUCGCCAGGGCAGCUACGACUCUGCCGACGAUGAUGACGACGAGGAUGAGGAAGCUAGUUUCGAGAGAGGCUCAUCCAUGGACCAUGAUGACAGUUUCGACGCGUCUCUGGAAGACACAGAGAAGACGCCUGUUGUGCUUCCCGAGGAUUGGCGCUUUAUGAGCCCCGAUACCGCAAACACCGACCUUGCUCAACACGAGGAGGAUGUGUUCGAGGAUGACUAUGGCAGUCCUGCUCCAACUGCUCAGCCUGGCACUGCUUCCAAUCGGCCUCACCAAACCAGUGCAAGCUCAGUCGACUCCAAUGGCCAGUCUCGCCCUCUGCCACCUCUCCCUCCCUCGGUCGGAGCCCAAGCCAAAUCAAGGAGUGAUAGUCUGUCUAAUGCAUUCGAACGUAUCAGCGUCGCCUCACGAUCACUUCCCGCGCCUCCGAUGCCAGCGGCAACCUCCAAAAUUGACAUCCUGAAUAUGAGAGUAUCGACUUCCCUUUCGGCCGAGGAUAGGAUUCGCUUGAUGGCACUGCAAGAGCAGGAAAGAGAACGUCGAAUGAGACGUAUGGGCUCCAAAGAACCCAGCCCUGUGCGUAGCACCAGCGCAGAUGACUCUACCACCUCAGACCUGGAGCCAGUACCGGUGCUCUCCGAAUCGAGGAACUCCACACCACAGCUCUCGAGAGACUCGAUACUUGCAGGCCUUCGUGGCGAAAUUGGGACUGACAGUCGAGAGAGCAGCGAGGACAUCCCAGAUGUGCCUCGACGGCGAGACCUGGCAUCUCUUGACCCAGAUAUCCCCAUUCCGUCAAUGGAGGAUCCGACCCAGCCACGCAUCAAGGAGGAAGAGACGGAAGAGACUGACUUGUACUCCAUUCCCGACGCAUACAGUCGCCGGGUAGUCUCGGAUUCGGACGUGAGCGCCAACAAUGACGACGACCUUACCAGCCAGUACUCCCAGCCAUCGCUUGCCUCCUUUGUCCCAUCUUCGGCCGCUGAUGAGGGCCAAGAAACACCAAAGGCACAGAGCCCGGCGCGCGAAGUGCUCUCGAAACCCGCGCUUUCACAGCGCGUCUCAUUGCCUGACUUUGCGGACUUCGGCGAGGCAAGCAGUUUCGACAUUGGCCUUGCGCGGUACUUGAGCAACGAGGAGGAGAAACCCAAGCAAAUAGUCCGCCUGGAGUCAACCACGGAAUUGCCUGAUCUCGCCGCAUUACGUCAAUCAAUUCAGCGUUCAUACACUCCUGAUAGCCAGCCCAAGCAGCGGUUGGGGAGUCCAGCAACUUUCAGUCCGGAGCAGGCAGUGCCAGGUAGUCCAGAUUCUGUGGUGAGACAUCCCACUGCAUCUGACGAGUUCCCCAGCCGUGCAAAUCGCGAGCCUGAACAUAAAGUGGAUGCCCCUGAAGUCGACAAUGAUCGAUCUAGCAGUCCCUCAGAAGCCUCUGACACCGGUUCCGUCUUGAUCAACGGGAGAGAAGCUUCGCCUGUGUCCCCUAUUUCAGCUGAAUUCGAAGACACACCAGAAGUCGCGAUCACGGAACCGCUCCAGGAUAGUCUGACCGACGACAAGCCUUCCGAGCCUCUAUCCAUCGAAGCCGAAAAUAAGCGGGUUAGCAGUUUGGUGCCCUUGGACAUUCCCCAUGGAAGCCUGGACGAAGGCCUUGGCCUAGGUCUGGAGAAGGAAUUUGACCGAGUGGUGGAAGCCCAGAAGGUAGAGUUUGAACUCUCUUUGCAACGCCUUUAUUACCCUUUCCACGGACGUUUCCCAUCGACUGAGCUCCCGCUCCCAAAAGCGGAAGAACGAAAAGGCACAAGUCUUGCUCUUUCCCCCACUACAUCUAGCCACGGAGAAUCAUUUGCUAACCCGGCUCGCUGCCGACAGAGAGGUUACCUGAUGCGACAAAAUACCAAGAUCGUGGUUGCAUCCGAACGUGUGUCCCAGGACGAGUGCAGGUCGCCUGGUCUCCCUAUCGUGACCGAGGACGGUUUGCUGGGUGUACCAACGGAGGCCAACAACGUAGUGCCUUCCCCACGCAAGACGAGUCAGCCAACCUGGACCGCUGAGCCAUGGAAUGGCAAAACUCGUCGAAAGAGUAUCAGGGUGGGAGGAGAAAAGUCCAUGAGCAAGCGAAAGCCUGUUGACGGAGCCGUGCCACCCCUGCCUGGGCUGCCCAGCAAUGUCCAAGAGACGCUCGACGCAGUGGCUGAGGAUGAGAUCGGAGAAGAGGAUGAGUGGGAGGAAGGCGCUGAGCGUGGUCGGUUGUUUGUCAAGGUUGUUGGUGUCAAAGACCUGCAGAUGCCUUUCCCGCAACACGAACGUACCUAUUUCGCCCUGACGCUUGACAACGGCAUGCACUGUGUGACAACUGCCUGGCUCGAACUUGGUCGAAGUGCACCUAUCGGCCAGGAGUUCGAGCUGGUUGUGCUAAAUGACCUGGAAUUCCAACUCACCUUGCAGAUGAAGCUGGAGGAACCGAAGAUCGAGCGGCCACAAUCCCCUUCCAAGCCACCUGCCUCGCCUAAGAAGCAAGGAGCUUUUGGUAGGUUGUUUGGUUCGCCCAAGAAGAAGAAAGAAUCGGAGGCCCGGGCUCAGCAAGAAGCGCAGGCUGCCAGAAGGCCCGUAACCCCACCAUCCGCCUACGAGCUGGUGCAGGGGCUGGUCGCGAAGGACGGAUCGUUUGCCCGAGCCUACGUCGCAUUGAGCGAGCAUGAGAAGCAGGCAUACGGUCGACCUUAUAAUGUCGACAUCACCUGUUUCAACGAGUGGGCGCUGGAAGAGGUCCUUGUUGGGAGCUCGCGAAGCAAGAAGGGUGUAACACAACUUCAGCGCCGUCCGCCCUAUGAAAUCGGUAAGCUGGAGUUGCAGCUUUUGUAUGUGCCGAAGCCAAAAGGGGCCAAGGAUGAAGACAUGCCGAAAAGCAUGAAUAGUGCUAUCCGUGCCCUCCGAGAAGCCGAGGACCGUCUUCACCAACAAGCCAACAUCAAGGAGUUCGAGGGCUACCUGAGUCAACAGGGAGGAGAUUGUCCGUACUGGCGGAGACGCUUCUUCAAGCUUGCGGGUUCCAAGUUGACAGCUUUCCACGAGACAACUUUGCAGCCACGUGCUACCAUCAACCUCGCCAAAGCCACUCGUCUGAUCGAUGACAAGACUGCCCUCAUGCAGAGAGAGACUUCCACGAAAGGUGGGGGUCGUCGCAAGAGUGGAUUUGCUGAGGAAGAAGAAGGCUACAUGUUUGUUGAGGAGGGCUUCCGCAUCCGUUUCGGCAAUGGAGAAGUGAUCGAUUUCUAUGCUGAUUCCACUGCCAACAAAGAAGAGUGGAUGCAAGCUCUCUCGCAAGUUGUGGGCAAGGGCGUGCAGAGUGGCUCCGCUCCGAUCAAAGGCUGGACGGAGAUGGUUCUCAAGCGAGAAAAGAAGGUCAAGGCUGAAGCACCGGCACCACGUCCCCGAAUGGGCCAUCAACGAACAGAGACGUACCACGCCAGUGGGGCGAUUAGCCAGGCGAGCAGUCCCGUCAAGUCUUCAGCUCGUGAAGAGAGGCAUCGAAAGACGAAGAGCAUGAUCAUGUAG